AAUUACGCCGUGUUAUUGUGGGUCUCCGGCUCCGCGACAAUGGCGGCUCGCUGGAGCAGCGAGAAUGUGGUGGUGGAGGUUAGGGACUCGCAGGCAACUGCGAUGUCUGUGAACUGCCAUGGCCAACUUGCAGUGCUCUCUGGGCGCCGCUUCUUGUAUGUUAUAAAUUUAGAUGCUCCUUCAGAAGUACCAAAAAAGAUUGCAAGGCAGAGUAAGUGGGACAUUGGAGCCGUGCAGUGGAAUCCACAUGAGACCUCCUCUCACUAUUUCGCAGCUUCAUGUAAUCAACGGGUGGACCUUUACAAAUGGCUUGAUGGAAAUGGUGAGAUCCACACUUCACUGCAAGGUCAUACCCGGGUUAUAAGUGAUUUGGAGUGGUCAUGGUUUGAACCGGAGCUACUUGUUACAAGUUCUGUUGACACCUACAUCUACAUUUGGGACGUCAAAGAUACACGAAAGCCAUCGGUGUCAUUGUCAGCUGUAGCUGGAGCCUCUCAGGUGAAAUGGAACAAAAAAAACUCCUGCUGCUUGGCAACGAGCCAUGAUGGGGAUGUCCGAAUCUGGGACAAACGGAAACCUAACACAGCGGUAGAAUAUAUAGCUGCUCACUUGUCAAAAAUCCACGGGCUGGACUGGCACCCAGAGAAUGAGCACAUCUUUGCUACCUCAAGCCAAGACAACUCAGUUAGGUUCUGGGAUUAUCGCCAGCCACGGAAAUACCUAAACAUCCUCUCAUGCCAAGUGCCAGUGUGGAAGGCUCGUUACACACCUUUCACCAAUGGCUUAGUGACAGUGAUGGUCCCACAAUUACGUCGUGGUGAGAACAGCCUUCUCCUCUGGAACAUAUUAGAUUUAAAUGUUCCAGUCCAUACCUUUGUUGGACAUGAUGAUGUGGUACUUGAAUUUCAGUGGCGUAAACAGAUGGAAGAUAUGAAGGACUAUCAGCUAGUUACCUGGUCACGUGACCAAACACUGCGGAUGUGGCGGAUUGAUACGCAGUUACACAAGCUCUGUGCAAAUGACAUGUCGGAUGGGGAAGAAUUAAUUGAUGGUGUUUCCCUGCUCCCAGAGACAGACAAAUCCUUUCAUUCACAGGAUACAGAUCCUCAUCCAACAAUAAAUCAUGUGAGCGAGGAGGAUGAAGCGCUGAGGGAAGAUUUUCAUAAUCAUGCAACCAUCAGUUCUAAACCAGAUUACCUUGGACUACCGCAGACAUUGCAACAAGAAUUCUCAUUGGUUAAUCUGCAAAUCCGCAAUGUGAUGGUAGAUGAGAUGGAUGCUAUAAAUCGCAAUUGCACAGUCUCGGUGCAUUGUGGUAAUCUACGAGUGAAGAUGGUUGUGAUAUUUCCAGUACAGUACCCAAACAACGCUGCUCCUUCUUUCCAGUUUGUAAACCCCACCACCAUCAGUUCCAGCAUGAAGACUAAACUCCUAAAGAUUCUGAAGGACACAUCUCUCCAGAAGGUAAAGCGAAAUCAGAACUGCUUGGAACCCUGUCUACGCCAGCUGGUGUCCAGCCUGGAAGCCAUUGUGAAUCAGGACACCAAUGGCUCUGCUAACUCACAGAAUCCAUUUGUCAUUGGAAACUCUGUGACUCCGCCACUGCCAACUUUCCCACGAGUCACAAACACGUAUGGUUCCUAUCAAGAUGCAAACAUUCCUUUUCCUCGCACUUCUGGAGCACGCUUCUGUGGAGCUGGUUAUCUUGUAUACUUCAUGAGACCAAUGACUCUUCAUCGGACUGUGUCUCCAACAGAACCCACACCCAGGUCACUCUCAGCACUCUCUGCAUAUCACAGUGGAGGAAUCACCCCAAUGAAGAUCCGUACAGAGUCACAGAGUAACUUGAGAUUAUAUAGUGGAAGUCCAACCCGCAGUGAAAAGGAGCUGGUGUCCAUUAGCUCCUUCUAUUACAAGGAGCGAAUGUCUCCUCUCUCCAACUGGCGGCGCUGGUCCAUUCAAGCCACUAAUGAGUUCCCGAAAUCACGUCGAUGGAAAGGAAAGCGAGAAGGGACUGAUACAAACAACCGACCAAUUAAGGCUGCAGGGAAAGUUAUCAUCCAAGACAUCUCCUGUCUUCUUCCAGUACACAAGUCAUUGGGGGAACUGUACAUACUGAAUGUGAAUGACAUCCAAGAUACUUGUCAGAAGAAUGCUGCUGCAGCUUUGUCAGUUGGGCGCAGAGACCUUGUUCAGGUAUGGUCUUUAGCUGCUGUUGCCACAGACUCCUUCCUUAGUCCACAUCCAGAUCCUGAUGUAGAGACACCAUGGGCACGGCAUCCAUUUGGCAGGCAGCUCCUUGAGUCGCUCCUGACCCACUACAGCAUGAUACACGACGUUCAGACUCUAGCGAUGCUAUGCUGUGUAUUUGAGGCCCAGUCCAGGCCUCCGGACUGCUAUGGCAGUAUGGGCACACAACUGUACCAACGCAAUUCUAUCUCCACUCCCUUUCUACAUUGUUCAGGCUAUGCUUCUUCAGGUUCCUAUUCAAGCACAUCUGAAACUAUUGUUGGGUCCACCGGAUGGAACAUAGUGGGUCGGGAACCAGAACAGUUCAGCUCUUGGUGCUAUGAAUCACCGGAUGACUACCGUUAUGGAAACCACAUCUAUGCUGAUCCGAAAGAGCGGGAGAAGGAGCAACAUGAAAAGAACAAAAAGCUACUCGAUCCGGCCAACAUGUUACAAUAUGAUGAUUUCAAGAAAUGUUAUGGCGAGAUUCUGUACCGCUGGGGUCUGCGAGAGAAACGAGCAGAGGUCUUAAAGUUUGUCUCUUGCCCUCCAGAUUCUCAUAAGGGAAUUGAAUUUGGAGUGUACUGCAGUCACUGCCGCAGUGAGGGACGAGGAACACAGUGUGACAUUUGCAAAGGCUUCACCUUUCAAUGUGCCAUCUGCCACGUUGCUGUCCGAGGAUCUGCAAACUUCUGUCUCACCUGUGGGCAUGGUGGCCAUACAAGUCACAUGAUGGACUGGUUUCGGACCCAGGAAGUGUGCCCCACAGGCUGUGGCUGCCAUUGUUUGCUUGAAAGCACAUUUUGAAAAUUGUCUGCUGCCACUAUUGGUAGUAGGUGACCUUGAAUGGCAUUCCAAAGUAUUCCAUCUUUUGCUCUUCACUGAAGCUGUGUCAGGCAGUUGAACCAAGAUAUGGAGACGCAAACCAGUGGGAGACCUAGAUUGGAGUUUUCUUGAUCGAGGUUUUGAACUUUGAAGACAAAGUCUUCAGCAUUUCAAAUCAUCUGGUCUGCUUUCAGUGGAUGAGGUGACAUUGAUUGCACAGUGUCUUGCAACAACAAAUGGCCAAAUUUAAAAGCAAAACUUAUUUAUAGAAGCAAUAUUUUGUAAGAAACAUGAACUAAUGUGGGUAUUUGUUUCCUUGCUGGUAAUGGUUAAUGUACAAUUAUUUAUGUACACUGACCAUGAAAAAUGUGCAGAACUGAAAUGAUCACAUUUGGAGAGACCCAUUUCAACAAAAGUGGCUCAUGUAGAUAAUCUCUCACAUCCUUGCUGUGGAUUUAUUUUCAUGCUGUUGGUGCAGUGUUUGACAAUUUUCACAAGUUGAAGAGGCAUAUUAAAUUGGGCAGAGGUGCUGACUUCAUUUCUAGAAGCAAGAUAAAAGUCCAGCACAAAUUGGCACUCCAUCCACUUAUUCAAAAUAUCAGACCAGAGAAUGUGCAGUGUUGAUUGUCCAUUGAGCAUGAGACCAGGUUACAGCUUCCUUGAACUUGGCACUAAUUUGAAAAUGUCAUUCAAUAUGUGGGAAAUUGGCAAAACAACUUCAUUAUGGAAAUAUUCAGGUACGGAAUGUGCCAGGAUAGAGGUGGCUUUUUCUAAUUGUGCAAUACUUGGGUCUGACACUUGACGGACUAUUUCCAGCAAUUAUGAAGUGUAGAAGGGCAGUUCUUGAACAGAUUAAAUGCUGUGCUGGCAGGCAAUUAAUUGCCAUUGUUAGUGGGACAGGAGCUGCUGAUUUGUGCAAGCAAGGCAGAGCUCCAUUGCUAUCAUUUUCACUGGGCACUUUAAAAUCAAGAAUGUGGGACUCCAAUCAGAGCAUUUUGUCCACAGAAGCAGUGAAUCUUGGGGAAGAUGCAGCACGCACUUUACCCUCAGUUGCAGUUUAAUGUGGUCAUCCUCUAUAUAGACUCAAGUUCUUGUAUUUCUAGGAAGUGCUGAGCCUUUAACUGAGCAGGUCAACAGAUUUCCAGCUGUGUCGAAAGUUUGAGAGAUACUGGAACUAAACUCCAUUUAUUGUAAAAUCAAUAAGUUUUCUUAUAAUUUAUAUUCGCUAAAAUAUCCCUCCCCCCCCCAGCUUUUUCAAUAAUGCUUAAGUUCAAAGCACAAGUCAUCAGCUGAAAGCAAUGUAUGUAGUAGCCUAAUAUCACUGCUGCAUGGCCAUGAUGGCUUUUUAUUUAUGUGGGUCAAUUAGUUCGUUUUCUGAACAAUUGAUGACCUGCUUCCUGUUUUAGUACCUUGUGGUCGAGUCAGCUGCAGCCCAGAAUUGAAACCCAAUAUGUAUUGUAUUGUAUGAAGGGAAUUGCACGUUGUGCUGUUACUAAAGUUACCCAUUUUAACCAUAUAGGGAUCCAGAUGGUAAACACUGACCAGGCUGCAGAUAGUGCAAGUUCAGAAAAAUCCAUGACACAGAGAGGAUAGUUCUGUAGAAGUGUUAACAGUUGUGUCUUUAGGAAGUUGCUUAUGCAUAAUCCUUCAAUUAACAACUGAGAAAUGAAGGCCAUGCUGGUUUUGCACUGACUAUUAUAAAGGGAAGAGCCCUUUGGGAAGAAAGAGAAGGAAGAAAUCCAUCUUAGUUGGAAUGGAAAUAUUUAGUAUUAAGAAUACUUAAUUAGUUUGACCUUACAAAGCUUGUUUUUUUUUCCCUUAUCAUUUACCCAUCAAGGCAAUUCUGAUUGCCCACUCUGAUUCUAAAGGCUGGUAAAGGAACUGGAGAGGAGAACAUAGUCUAUAAGGACAGUUUCUUCAAUAACCAGUCAAUUUGUUGGUCGUAAAUAAGUUUACAACACUGUUGACUAGUUUUAUCUCUAGGAAAGGUGAGUUAUCAUCCGGUGAAGUUUUGAGGAUGAGGGUUCUACUUUCGUCAUAUGUUGGUCAUUCCGUAAUUGUUAUAGUUGGCCGGUCUGGGUCUAUGUAGCUCUAGAGGUUUCAAUACAGUACUUGAUGGUCACUGACAUAAUACUGUCCCUCCAUGAAAUGGAACCCUGAUUCAUCCUCUCCCUGUUCAAUGAUUCUUGUCCAUCAGUCAAACAGCCAUUUCCCCAUCACUAAUAUUUUGAUAGUUAAUAAAAGCACUUAAGCAAAAUAAAACGAUCCAUUUUGAUAUGAUUUCCCAUUGUGCUGCAACUAGAGAUUAAUCUUUUCAGAUUCUAGGGCAGCUGUGAAGAAUUAGAAACCAUAAAAGCUAUGCAACUUUGAUUAUUUAUCUGCAAUGUUUUAUUUGUAGACCUGAGUGCACCUGAGGAUUACAUUCACAGUCAAGGUUGAUUCCCAUUCAAUGUAUUGGGCUGUGUGUCAGUUAGUGCAAAUCCUCAUCAUGAUAACAUCAUUAACUAGUCUACUGUUUAACUGUUAAUAUUGCUCCAUUUCUGGUGCAAAAUUUGUGCUAAGUUACCAAAUUUUGUAACUAAGAUGUAAAUUAUGUACAAAGUAGACACUGUAAAUACAGUAUUGUUGAAAAUAAAUGACU